UCAAAUCCAUCUUUUUUUUCCACAGAACUGGGGUGACUGUAAUUUCGGAAUAAUUUCAACGAUAUCCAAAUUCACUAGUACAUCCAUAAUAUCAUUUUUCUCAUUCUCUUAUAAUACGAUGAUACUCAGGUGUUGGCCAGAAUACUAAAUCUUUACAUCUCUCGAAAUUAUAUGUAUACACUUUAAAUGGCAGAAGCCAAAUCGAAAGCAAACUCAAAUAAACUGGCAACAGAAAAUGAGGGCAAUCCCGACGCGGCAGAAAACCUCGAACAAAAACAAGAUUUCGAGAAAAAGUCACUCACCGCACGUCAUGAUUUUGGGAAGCGCUGGUAUAAUUUUCGCAUCUUGACUCCUAGAUCAGCAAUCUUACGAGGAUCAUGGGCCAUGACGGACCCGCGUUUCAAGCCAAGAAGCCGUGGAAAUCAAGGGGCUCCUUGUUCGGUGGUGGCGAUCGUGUUCGGGCGUCUCUUUGAGCCGAAGGAUUGGACUAAAGAUCAUGUCGACAAAGUCCUGCAAUUUGGCGAUAAACUUUUUUCAAUGAGCGCUACAAGAAACCGGGUUACCCCUGGCAUUUACAUGACAGUAAAUCUUGUUUCCCCCGAGUUCUUCGUAGGCGAUUACAAAUGUACCAUUUGCGCUGAGGACGGUAGCGUACAUGGAAAUUUAUUUAGCGAAAGCGUCGGAUGCCCAGAUUUCACGGAAGGAUUGCAGCGAUUCUUCAAAACUAACGACGCUGGAGUUAUAACGACGCAGGGCAUUUCUGUGGCCAUGUGGCGGCACCAGGGUUCAGGUUUUUUUUAUUUUGAUCCAUCGCCCCGCGCUGAAGACGGAACGAAACUGAAGGAUGGCGUCGCAUGCUUGGUCUAUUUCAAAUGCCUGAACGAAAUGCGGGAGCUUUUCCUCGGCAAUAUGGAGAAAAAGUUCGACUCUAAAUACUGCAUCGCUAAGGUGACGGUCCUUCGGGUAACGCCGAUACAAAGAUGCGGUUUCGAGUCAAUGGCAGGAGGAGAAUGUGGGCAAAGCUCGGUACUUGCUCCAAGUAAGAAAGCCCUGAAGGCGAUCAACCCUCUGGAAAUAGGAGAGGGAAAACCCAAGUGCAAGGUAGAAGAAAAGCACGCCGCGCCCGGAGACCUGAAAGCUCGAAAAGAGCCACUGUCAAUAAGCAUAUCGAAUUACAGUAUAGAUGCGAAAUUUGCCGCAGAGCCGCUAUGCGAUCGCAAUAACUUUGAUACAGGUUACGAUUAUUAUGACAUGCACGUGAACGUACCGUCGACGUUCAAAGAACUAGCCGGAGAUAUGGCGAUUCUUCAUGGCUGGACACACGAGGGAUUUGAUAUUUACAAGGGUAAGGGAGCUCAGAAUGUUGCCAACUGCGUGAUGGCAAUUGGAAUGAAGAAAGUACACGCCGUGAAGUCCUGGCUCCGACCGAAAUUAGAUGAAAUUCUCGCUCUCGGAGACAGCGUCUACGCUCAAGUAAAAGCAGAUAAGCCAAGCAUAAAGUCCAUGACGGCCAACGAUCUAAACGAUACUAAGUUUACAAUCGAAGGGAAGAAACUUAUCGUGGAUGUUGACCUGGUGACCGUUGUCGGUACGAUAACAUCCAAGAUUCCUUCCGUUUUAAAUCUGAAGCAGGCUUUGGAGGAAUUUUUUCUAGUCAACAAAGACGGUAUCCUGGAGUGUACGUCAAUGGCAGUGACCGUCUGGACACAGGACGAUUGUUACUACACAUUUGAUCCUCGACAGUCUGGUCCUUUGGGGGUGCGAAUUUUCGAGGUAAAAGGAAAAGGUGGUAAAGGUAGCAAGGGAAAAUCUGCAGUCGGGAGCCCUGGGGAGAAGAAAAUAAUCGGAAAAUGCUGUACCAUCAGAUUUCCGGAUUUGGAUUCCCUUGUUGCUUUGUUCUUGAAAAAUGUCGAUCCUGCUAAAAAGAACGAUAGAUUCACGCUGCGUCACGUAACCGUAGCUGAGGAUCUCCCUGGUCUUCGUCCAUGGAACGAUUUUUCUGCCGGAGAACUUGGCAAAUGGGUCCUUCGAGGAUCGAUUACGAACGAGGACGAAUCUUUAGAUGAGGAGAGCGCCGGCCAACAAGGCCCAGCUAUCCCAGUGGUAGCUUUGGUGAACGCCAAGGAAACGCCACCCUCAAAGUGGACCAAAGAAACGAUCGAUGGGGCGAUAACCGACGGAGAUGCCUACUACAAUUGGUGUCAGCAACUCAUACACUCGGACGACGAAGAAAGGAAAUUUCUAAUUACCGAUCUGCGAAAGGAUUUUUAUAUGAAGAACAGAAAAAUUAGGGUCGAAUACGAGGAUUGCACCGUUGUUGGUAAUUUGAAAGCGCCGGAGAUCGGCGAACAGUUGAACAUGUUGAGGGGAAUCACUCAAUUUUUCGAAACCCACGAGUUCGGAAUCCUCCAAGUUAAAGAUUUAAAUGUCGCGAUUUGGAAGUACGAUGAGGAGCUGAAAGAUAAAACCAAAGAAACUUCUUAUUAUUACUUCGAUUCUAACGCCAGGGGGAAAUUGGGGCAGAGAAAUUUUGAAGGUGAAGAUAGUGAGCCAGUUUCCUGCGUAAUUCGUACCUUGGAAUUACCUCUGAUUGCUAAAUGCGUGGAAGAAAAUAUUGAUACGGAAGCGGAAGACCUUACGGAUGAAUUUAUGAUACAUGACCUCAAAGUAGUGUCCAUAGGGCAGCCCAUGACGGACGAAGAACUGGCGAAGGACAUGCAGACGCCGAUUAAACCGGAACUGAAUCAGUACGUGGCGGUGGGUGAGGAUUCCGCGUGUCUUAAUGGCAGUCUGAAUCAGGAAAAUGAAAUCAUGUUCAAACAUCAAACGCGUGGAAAGCAACAGGCGGCCACGGCACUCGUUGCACUGGCAAUGACGAAACUGUACAACCCUUUGCUCUGGUACAGAGAAGUAGUUGACGAGGUCCUUAAAAUCGGGGAUAGGCUGACGAACGAAAGCGCGGAAAAUCUUCCAGAGCCCGAAGAAGAUGAAGAAAAUCCCAGGGAUUAUCUCCUCACGAAUGAAGUCAACGACGAAUUCAACAUCGGCGUUAAUCACAUCAGCAUCGGUCUUGAGGAGGAAGUAGCAACCGGAAAACCUUCGGAGCUGGCGAAGUCCUUGCAAGAAUUCUUUGAAGACAAUACUCACGGUGUAUUCAAUUGUGGAAAUGUGAUAAUGCCCGUUUGGAAAGAAGGGAAUGUUCUGUUCACGAUGGAUCCGAAAGGACGGGACAAUCGCGGGGUGCCCAAAGAUAAAGACGGAACCGCUGCAGUUAUGUGGUUCAUGAAUGCCGCUGGUCUUGCCAGCGGUAUACAACUUUCGCUAGAAAAAUCAGACGUUGAUUUUACACUCGAUAACGUUACCAUCGACAACGAGUACGAGACCAGAGUAGCAGAAGGGGAACGUCCACAGAGAACGACCUCCGCGGAGGAUUUGUGGCACAAUUUCCCAAAGCUAUCGGAUGGAGUCUGGGGAUUCUCGGGAACCGUUACGAUGGAUGAUGAAAAGUUCGCGGAGGAAAACAGAAGCAAACAAUCCUCCGCAGUCGCGGUCAUGGCUAUAGUAUUCUCCAAAGUUUACCAGCCACGAUUUUGGAAACCCGAAGUCCUCGACGAGGUGAUUAUUACCGGGGACAAAUUGCACUCAAAGUGUGUCGAGAGGCUGGGUAACGAAGAGUGCCCCAGAGUUAAUGAAUUAAUCACGGAGUUCUUCCUCUCGAAUCGGAGGAUUGAAAUUGCCGUCAAGGACUGUGUCCAAGCGGGAGAUCUCGCAGGGAAACCUCCAAAGCUUCAGGACCUUCAAACCGGGAUCGAUAAAUUCUUUGAAACCCAAAAUUCCGGGGUGCUGUCUUCCUGCGGAACCAACGUAGCGAUAUGGAAAUUCAAGGAUUUCUUCUACUCCGUUAUCCCGGGUUCCUCGGGCGGCGAAGAGUCCUCGGGAGCGCCUCAAGCCCUACGAUUUACCGGUACCCCUUUACUCGUAGAAAAUCUGCUGUCGAGUCUCGGUAACGAGGGGGACUAUGAAAUAAGCGGAAUACACGUUGUAGACUGGAAUAAGUUAGCUCCUUGGAAAUUCGACCCGAGCCCAGGAGUUCGUCCUGCGAAUUUACCCGCUUUGAAUGCGUACCAGAGAUUGAAUGGGGCGCGUGCAAUUUUACGGGGUACGACGCACCAGGCUUCAGAAAUAUUUUCUCCGGCUAUACGAAACAGGCAAACCGCGGCUAACUGCGUCGUAGCCCUCGGUCUUUCGGUGGUAAAGAGUCCGAUAACUUGGACGAAAAAAUCCCUCGACGAAAUUCUGGUGAUAGGUAAUAACGUGCAUAAAGAAACCAUGAAAGCCAAACCGGCGCGGAUGAGGCUAAGACCGCAGGAUAUAAUCAGGGUUUUUUAUUUGGGAGUUAAUAUCCUUACCGCAGAUAUCGAGGGGGGUAGCAUAACGGGGAGGGUUGCACCGGAGCCACCUAAACCAGAGGAAAAAGGUAAAGGCAAAAAGAAAAAACCAAAAAAGGCAAAGGUAGCAAAGAAAGGCAAAAAAGGAGCUACUAAACGAGAGCCACCUCCCCCUCCGCCGAUUAUAAUGUUAGAGGAAGGCCUUCCAAAAUUUUUUGAAACCAAUAACGCGGGUGUUUUGGUCGCGGGAAGAUACAUGGCUGCGAUCUGGAGGGACUUGGGAGUUUACUUUAUUUACGAUCCAAGAUCAAGGGACGAUCAUGGAGUGCGAUCCGACCACGGUUCAUCAUGCGUAAUGUGGUUCGCUUGCAUCGAGCCAAUUUACGAUUUAAUAUUCGGUAAUCUUGACGAUAAGGAAAAGUAUGGCAUGUACUCAAUCGAUAGGGUCAUCAUCAAUACGACGAUAAUUCAACCCCUGCCGUGCCCGGCUGGAUUCCGACCCGUAAAGAACUGCACGGUCCCUCCAAUUCCAGUUUCUCCAGUUAAAAAUCUCGCUACUAUGGACGUUGAAAUGCUUUCGGAAUACAUCUUCGUCGAUGACGAACUUAGCGUUCUUCGAGGCCACGGUCACCUUGGGGACCGAACAUUCAGUAUCAAAACCAGAGGACUCCAAAGCACCGCGGUCGCGGCCGUUGCCAUCGUUGUCGGACUUUUGCACAUCCCUUCAAUAUGGACCCCGGAUCUUUUGGACUCCAUAAUGAAUUAUGGAGAUAGAUUGCACUCCGAUAGCGUCCGCGUUUUCAGACCCGGUGCUCGCGUCCUGUCCCCGAGUGAAAUACUCACGGUUUUCAUCGUCGGCGAUUUUCGCGCGAAUAUAAACAUUCAUCAGCACACGGUAGCGGGACUUUUACAUGUCUACGAUCUUACCGAAGGGUUGACACUUUUUUUCAGGAAUAAUUGUUCGGGUAUUUUGCAUUUACCAAAUGUGGCAGUAGCCGUGAUGCAGCAUUACGGUAAAUUUUACUUAUUCGAACCAUUUUCGAGAGAUGAAACUGGGAGGGUCACACCCAACGGGAAAUGUUGUGUAAUGAAAUGUGGGACGAUCGCAAGGAUGGCAAAAAUGUUCGUUAGUAAUUGUAAUUAUAAAAAACCCACAGUGUAUUCUAUAAACGCCGUUAACGUACUGAGCUUACACUUUUUCUCAGACGCCAAAACCGAAUGUCCACUUCAAUGCGUUAAAUAAAUUAUGAGUAUCGUUGCAGAUUGAUUUUUAUUUACUAUGAUACAGGAUGUACGGGUUAGAUGAUAUCCGAGGCAAAUGAUUCCCAAUUGUUCAACGCCAUUCUCAAAUUGCUAAUUUUAUUUAUAGUUUUAUGACACA